CCAGUUUGGGAACCACUGUUCUGGGGGUAGAGUGCGUUCAGAACCCAGCAGGGUCCUUCUCUGUGCUAAGGGUCUUUCAACUUUCGGUCCUGUGUGGAGAAGGACCAGGAUAAUGUUCACCUCUUUUUAGCAUAAUUAAAAAAAACCCUCUUUUCAGAUACAAAAGAAUGUGAUUUUGUAUGUACAUGUUAUAUAAAUGAGAUACUGAUGUACUGUGUUUUAACUUGAUUACUGUGCUUCAGGCAUAGAACUUGUGUCAAAAACUUUAAAUGUGACCCCUCCCCCCACCUGCAAAAGUUAGGUAAAGUCAGGGAACAGAAGGAUCCCCCUCCAAACAAAAAUGGAAGUGAAGCCCUGUGAAUGACUUAAAAGAAGGAUCGCUCAGGAGUUUAGUACACUAGCUUGGGACUUGGGAGAUUUGUGCCUCAGUUCCCCAUUGGAUAAAUAGCACUUUCCUACCUCAUAGGAGUGUGAGCAUAAAUGCAUUAAAGAUUGUGAGGUGCUCAGAUACUACGGUAAUCGGGAUCAUAUAAGUACAAUUGAUUGAUAAAGACUAAAUAAACAAUUUAAAACCUUUCAGAUACACAAGUCUCUUAGUUAUUGCAGAGCAACAAAUACAUAAGGAAUCAGUACGUAAGAGACAAAUAGAAUGAGCAAGAGAGAGCGAAAAUAUUGUGCAGAUAGUUGGAGAUAACUGCAAAGGCAGCUGAAAUGUAGCUCUGUGCUAAAGACAAACUUCCUGGCACUGAAGCUGUGGCCCAGUGUCAUUGUUGCAGAAAGCUAAUGAACUAACGGAAAUGGAGGAAGUGGAAGAGCAUCUACCACUGAAAACUGGGGAUAUUAUCAGUGGUAGGAAACAGCUCUGCUGGCUAGAGACACAGGAAAUUGACUAUGAAGGUGCUGAACUAAAAUCUCUGUCUUCCUUUGCUUAAAGGGGAAGAAGGGGAGAAAAGCAGACUUAAGCCAAAAAAAACCCAAACUCCCACCUACCAGAUCAUAUUCUGCUUUCGGUUACAGAGGUGUAAACCCAGAGGGGGUUACUCUGGAUUUACACUAGUGUAGAGGAGAAUUUUGCCCCCUAAUUCCUACAAAAAUGACGUUAUCUCCAUCACCAUUAUUUUGUUGGAUUUAAUUUGAAUUUGUUAUACAAUGUAAAGACGAGCCUUAGGUGGUAGCACAGGCAUUUUUCUACCUGGUGUGUCUGUGCGAUACUGAUGUAUUAUAAAUAAGCUUUUAUUUUUGUUUAUGGUGUCCAAUUCUAUCUUUGGCUCAUAGAGGACGGGCAGACUUUUCAGUGACUUGGACUUACAAAUAAAUUAAAAGCAAAACAUGUCUCACACAGCUUUAAACCAUUUUUCUGCCAUCUUUUUUUUCUUCUUAAUAUAGGGCCUGACCCUGUGGCUCGUUCCUGGAGCUGCUGCUGUUCUCAGUGGGAGUUCUGUACAUGGAACAACUGCAGAACUGGGCCAUCUGACAGAUAGAGUCAAAUUCUACCCUUAAAUUCUGGACAAUCCUAUGUCAGUGAGGAGGCUAUGGUUCUGCUCUUGCUCCCAUUGUAGUCAUGGCGAAAGGGGUACAGAAUUGGGCCUAAAGGUGCUUGCAGUUAAUUCACAUGUCAUCAGAAAACUCAACCAUUACUGUUCGCCUGGUUCGCUCCUUUGAGCACCGUAAUUUCAGACCUGUGGUGUAUCAUGGAGUUAAUUUGGACCAGACUGUAAAGCAAUUCAUUACAUUUGUAAAGAAUGAUGUGUCUUUAAGAACAGGACUUCCACCUCCCUUUAAAAAAUACAAAUAUGAUACGAUGAAGAUUAUUCACCAAGCACAUGGAUCUAAGACCAAUGAACUUGUAGUGAGUUUGGAGGAUGAUGACAAACUCAUUUUAAAAGAAGACAGCACUUUGAAAGCAGCUGGAGUAGCAGAUGAAACUGAAUUAGCGUUCUUCUGUGAAGAAGAUUACAGAAACUACAAAGCUAAUCCGGUUUCGGCCUGGUGACGAUCCGAAGAGACCUGGAUUUUUUUGUUUUCUCAUACCCGUUUAAAACCCUCUUUUUCUGUUUAAUGAGAUUUUUUUUAAAUCAAUAAAUCCUAGAGGAUUGCCUCACAAAUGCUGAAAUUUCUUUAGUAUAGAAACUCAUUUCUCUCAGGAUGCUGAGAUGCAGGGGGAAAAAAUCAAUGACCCAAAUUUGCUUUCCUUUCAUACAUUUUCCCUCCCCACCCCCCUUACAAUGUAAGCAGUAUAAAUGAACUCGGACCUGUAACAUUCUGGUGGUGUGAUUCUACAGUGGUGGAUUAAGUAUAAGAGAUUAAGUAUAAAAGAUGUUAGCUAUGUAUGGAAAUUGUACAAGGCAGAUGUAAAAUCCCAUCAUGAUGGUAUCCUUUCUUUAUGGAAAAAGGAAACUUUCUAUGACCAACUGACUGGAUAUUUUAAAGAGUUUAGUGGUGGAAUCCCUAGGUUACAAAUAAUAGAUUUAUUUCACUCAUCUUAUGUUCAGUCUGUCUUGUUUGAAUGGUGCAGGCUGAUUCAGGUUUCAUAUUCUUCACUUGUGAAUGCUUUCCUUUAUACUCUAUAUUCCAGCCUCGGUUAGUGUGAUGAAACAGACAAAUGACUGUUUGGAAGCUUUUGUGUUCAAGGACCAGCCUGCCUGUUUUUAGCAUCGUUUCACGGAGAUGCCUUGGUAUAAGGCAUAGCAACUUGACUUCUUGUGUGACAUCAAUAUGCAUAAGCAGACAUCAGGCAUUUCUCCAAAUGGUGUGAAAGCCAGUGAAUGCUCCUGGGUUCAGUUCAGUAUUAAAAUAAAACCAGAAGGAUUGCAUUUCUUGUGAUGGGAGGCACAGUCUGUGGGCAGCUGUUUCCAGGACUGGGAGUGAUUCUUUCCCACUUUCUUGGAGAUGAAUACUCCCAUAGUGUCACUAUCUAUUAGUUCCUGGAACUUCCAUACUCUUCUGCUACAUUCACCAAAUUAAGAACAAGUAGAAUAGUCAUCCUAGAAUGAUUAGAUACACUUGCUCCCCAGGAAGCAUUAAUACUGCUGUUCCAUGAAAUUGCGGUGCUAAGCCAGUGGCCCUUCAUGGGUUGUGUUGUACAAUAGCACGACAGGGCCUUUUGUUAUACUCUCGAACACUGCUUGUAUACUGUGACUCUUUCUGAAAUACUGUUAGACUUGUGUUACUUUCACCAGCUCUUUAAAGAACUUCAGUCUUCAAAAAAAGGCAUAGAAAAUCACUAAGACUUAUUAUUCAAACAGAGAAUGUUGGAACAGAAUACCAGGAGGAUUGGUAAUGGAAUAUGGGGCCUUUUGUCGCUGGAAGCUGGUUUGAUUCUGGAGCAGUUGAGUGGUGAACAAAAGUUGUUAGCAUCCAUUACUUCCAGUAGCCACUGUGAAAUGGGUUAGAGGUCUCUGUUCAAUUCCUUAUGGAAUGGUCAGCCCAUCACAAGAAAAGGCCACCACAGUUGGUACCCUGGUUUGUGGUCUUAGCAGAGGCCCUGACUAAAUGGGUAUGGAGAUUGAACUAACAUCUGAUCAAAGGUGAUUUCCCCAUGGCAGUGUGGGCUAGUUUGUACUGAUUUCGCUUGUGCUCUUAGCCAUUAUGGGGAUAAUAAGGACUUUACUUUCCAGGGUUAUCAACCUGUCAUCUCUCACCAGCUCUAAAUUAAACUAUAAAACAAACAGAACUGUAGUCUUUAUCUUGAGUUGCUUUGAUUUUAAAUCAGCCUGAGGUUUACUGUCUGAAGGUGGUGGAAUGAACUGACCCUCCUGCAGAAGAAACAGAUCCAGGACUUUGUAUGGAUCACAAUAGUUGGGAAGGGAUAGCUGCAAUGGGAGAGGGCAGAGCUGGGGAAUUUCUCACGGAGGGAAAAAUGGCAUCAGGGAGCGGAGGCUUAGUUAGAUGUUGAUAUGGGAAGAUGGCUGCAGUGGGAGCAAAGAGGAAGUUUGAAUGAGAAGGAAUCGCCAGCAUGAGCAAUGGUGCCUGGCUGAAUAAAUUCUCAGUUAUAGCUAGACAGCUGGAUACAAAAACAGUCUUCAACUGUCCUAAUUUUUACAAUUAAAACUGUCACUUUGUUCACUUAAAAUACCUUUUGCAAAUCUUGCUUGUGCAGGCAUCUGAAUUUUCCAGAGACAAUUCUGUUAUCUCUUGACAUUGAUGCUGCUUUUCUAUUUGUUAAGAAAAAAUUGCUGGCAUGAAUAUUUAUAAUGGGUAUGUUAAAUGCUCCCAAUUGUUAUUGGCUUAGACCCCUUCCUAGGUCUUCAAGGAGGAGUCUAAGUCUAUGUUGUGCAGUGUCAGUGUUACUUAGGGGAACUCUUUAUCCUCUGAAAGUUAUUUUGUUCUAGAAGAGAUUUGCAAGUAUUGAACGUAGAAGGACGAAUGUUCCUCAUUUGGUUUUGUGGGCAUUCAGCACACUACCUUACAUUUAGUUCAUUUGAAAAAAUAUUUGCAGGUAACCUUUAGCAUGUAGCACUUGUCACUGGUCUAGAACAGCUGUGGAUUCCUGUCUUACUGGGCAAGGAGUAGGGAAACUGACUUCAGGCCUUGAGGAAGAGGGAUCCUUAAAGGGUGAGAAUGUGAUUAUAGGAUAUGCUGUACUUGUCCAUGCUUGGUCACAUCAAUAAGAAAAUACAGGGCUCUCUCUUUGAAGUUAGUGGCAGAAGGAUCACUAUAAAAACUUAGGCUAUGUCUACACAGGCAGAGUUUUUUCGCAGAGAGUUUGGUCACUGAUAAAAAAGCGCUUCAAGAAAAUUGCUGUUGUGUUCACAUUGUCUUCCACUGGUGGCAUAGUGCAUUCACACUUGUGGCACUUGCAUCGGCAAUAAGAGCAGUGCACUGUGGGUAGCUACUCCACAGUGGAGCUCUCCCGCUUCUGCUGCUAGGUCUUGUGGGAAGGCGCAGGGGAUCAUGGCGCAUCAUGGGUCCGGGCUCAAUGCCCCGUGAUGCACUGCUUUCCAUCCCAGCAUUCCAUGUGCUUCUGUCAUCAGUUCAUGGCAUUUUUCAAUGUCCCUUGUGUGACGUUGCACCCCAUAAUGCUUUCUAGAAAUAUGCUUAUGAGUGUAAAUAUGAUGUAACUGGAAUAUGCUUCCUACAAAAGGUCUCUUGUAAGGUAUCAUUACAAAGCUUAUGUUCUUCUGCAUGUAUUCAUCCUAUUCGUAUGCAUGUAUCAUUUUUAUAUCUGAAGUUAUGAGCCUUGGCUCUAUGCUUGUAUUUAAAGUGUUUGCUGUAGAAAGCACGUAAGGCAGAUGUGGUCAACAUAGUGUGAAGGGGUUAUUCAAGUAAUUGGGAGUAUUUAGUUAACAAUGGACCUUGAUAGACACCAAUCCACAUCUGAGCUUUCUUGGGAAGUCCUGCAGAAAACGGACAUGUGACUUGUCCAUGUGACUCCAAAACUCCAUUUUGUAGUUGGAUUCUACAUGGGGGAGAGGGGGGUUUCCACCCACGAGAGAGAAACUAUAUAAGCCCCUGGGGAAAAAACCUCCAUUUUGUCUUUAGCUGGCACUAGAGAGAGCCUCUCCACCCCAAAAGGAUACCUGAAAGAAACUGGAACAAAGGACAGUAACCACAGGGGUGUGAGUGAUUGCUGGACCCAGACUAGAAGGAGGCUAGUCUGUAAAGGAAGCUUACUAGAACAUCUCUGAGGGUGAGAUUUCAUCUGUAAUCACUUUCUUACUGUAUUAGGCUUAGACUUGCAUGUUUUAUUUUAUUUUGCUUGGUAAUUCACUUUGUUAUUACUUGGAACCACUUAAAACUUACUUUUUGUAUUUAAUAAAAUCACUUUUUACUUAUUAAUUAA